AUGCAUAUUCAAGUUUCGUGUCCCAUUAACAUAGCCCUACUGAAAUAUUGGGGGAAGAGUGAUGACUUAAAUGUAUACCCGUUGACUCCCUCAAUAAGUCUGACACUAAAUCAAGCACAGGUUGGAACAAUAACAACAGUUUGUAUUAGCAGUAAUUUAAAGGAGUCUCACUUCAGGCUCGAUGGAGAGAUCAAGCAGUUCCCCUCAAGGCUUUUGGACGUGUUAAUAGUUGCACAAUUGCGUUCUAGGCUUGCCGGAAAAUCGAUCCAGUCACCUUUUGUAUGUGUAGAUACCGAAAAUAAUUUUCCAACCGCAGCGGGACUGGCGUCAAGUGCAUCUGGAACUGCUGCAUUCGCAUUUGCCCUAGGCAAAUUGUACUCAUUAGAUGGUGAUUAUACCCCGUUUUCCCGACGUGGUUCUGGAUCUUCAUGCCGUAGUUUAUCUGGUGGCUUUGUUUACUGGUCAAAUAAUCCAGAUGAUUAUACUCAUCGCUCUUCUAUUCACCAGCUUUUUCCUGCAUCACAUUGGCCGGAACUUAAAUUGCUGAUUUGUGUUACAAGUGAAAAAACUAAGCCUGUCGGAUCGACCGUUGCAAUGCGUAACUGUGUGCAAACGAGUGAUUUAUUUCGCAGCGCUCGCUUACCAUCCUCUAAGCAGCAUGAAAUAACAUUGAUUGCAGCUCUGAAAAACCGUGAUUUCUCCACUUUGGCAGAGGUGACCAUGCGUGAAAGUAAUCAGCUUCAUGCUCUUUGUCUGGAUACUUGGCCGCCUUGCACUUACCUAAGUCAUACGAGUCAUUGUAUCAUGACCUUUGUCCAUCAAAUCAACAAACAUUUCAAGAGAAACUUUGUUGCUUAUACAUUUGAUGCUGGCGCAAAUGCAUUUUUGUUAGUGGAGUUAAAAAACAUUCCAAUCAUUCUCAGGUAUCUUACUGAGUGUUUUGGCUGUCCACUGGAAGUUUGUGAUUCUGCAGUUGAUCCUGAGAGUUCUGCUAUUCACAGUAGUAAUAACUCAACAAAGCACCUGAAAAUUACUGGAAUUCCGUAUACAUUGUCAAGUGAUCCUGUAGAUCAGAGUCUUUUGGAAAAAUUACCCUGUAAUCACGGUGGUAUUCUUUAUGUGAUCAGUACUGAAGUGAGUCUCGAAUAACUUCGUAUGUAUUAUUUGUUAUCGAUUGGACUGAAAGCAGUUACCAUCUUAGUGUAUUUAGUUUACGGUGUGUGGGGGUCAGAAGGAAAAGUUGUACUGUGAACUGUGUGGCAUGUGAUAGGAGAGGGGAUUUUCCUCAGAUAAUGCUGCUUACUCUGUAGUAAGAGGGAAGUUAGCAAACAUCAGUCCCGAAAAUGGUACACUCCUCCCUGCUCUGCAGUAUUCCAGUAGCGACGGUUGCAUAAUCAAGCUAAAAUUCAACACUUGAAAAGACCAUGUGUGACCGAUAUGAAGCAGAUGUCACAUAAGUUGUUCGGUGACACUAAACCAAUUUUCUACCCUUUCUAUACAAACAACUCCCGCGGUGCUGACAGCUGAGAAGUACCAACUACCAGGACGCUUUCAGGCAUGUAAAAUCCAACUAACCAUAACCUAACUAACGUUUGUUGCUUCCCUUGCCCGCACUUCCUGUUACUAAUGUUAAGCCUCUUAUAGCACAACGUCUUACACUACAACCAUAACUAACUAUCCAGACCAGCUGUCGCUUAUUGGUUUAGAGAGAUG